AUGGCGCUCGUUAUGCUUCCGUGUGACCUUCCCUGGUGGUCGAACGUGCAAAAGAAGCUGGCACAGAUCGAGGAAUCCAGCUCCUUGGAAGUGGUGUUAGACGUGAUGCAGAAGCUGCAUGAACUGUGCAACGUCAGCUUGGAUCCGGAUGAGGAUGGCAAGGACACGUCGGUGUUUGAUGGACUGCGGCACUUUGUCGAGCAGACGAUGGACGCAACGGAACGCGAUCACUUCCUCGGGCACACGGUCAAGGCACUUGCACGGCAUGCCCGCAACCUGAAGCAGUACCGACCACCGCGGGGUCUCAGCUUUAGCCUUCAGCAGCAAGCGGACAGCUACGAGCUGAGCUACCGGCUGGUCGCGUCCCUGCUUGCCAAUGCGUUCUUUUCGACAUUUCCAAAACGUACUGAAAAAACACACCCCACGUUACAAGACUUUAACUUUACACACUUUUUUAGAGGUUUAGUAGAUAAUGCUGUGCAGCGGGCCAAGUUUCGCAGCUUCCUGUACUACUUCGAUUGGUUGGAACGAAGCGGGACGGCCCUCGAGGGCAAUCUGCGGAUAUCGCGCAAGGUGAUGACGGGGAAGCAGUGGCUCACGAUCGAGGACUGGUUGGAGUGUGAGUUACCGCUGUGCGAUGUCGAGAUACGCCACGAGGGCAAACUGGACAAGGCGGAUCCGGAAACGCUCCAGACGGUGUUCGCCAGCGCCCGGCUCGGUGGCGAUGUGCUGGCAUCGGGGGACACACAGGAAUCGAUUCAGUUUUGUACCUUCCCCGAACUGCUCGCCGUGCUGCUGUACGUGGAAGCGCUCGAGGACAACGAGUCACUGCAGGUGGAGAACGUGCAUCACGUGGCGCGGAUCGUCGAUCCGCGACAGAAGGGUCCACUGCUGGAGCGCAUCGCGGAACCCAAAACGACAAGCCUGUGCUGUAUCGAUGCGGAGAACUAUCGGGCGCUUCCAUCGCAACAGUUCGAGGAGGACGACAUUUUGCGGGAGUUGAACAAGUGCCUGUUGGCGUUCCGCCAGAACACAACGUGCCCGGCGCUACUGGGUGAGUCCGGUGGUGGCGCAGCGGGCAAGCCAUCCGGUGACAAGCGUGCCGGGGCUGGGUUGAAACUGGACCAGCUGGAAACGGUAUCGAGCAAGGGUCGUCUAUCGCCGAUCGGCGAGCGUGAUCGGGAAGGAUCGACACCGGGUUCGCCGGACGUCUACACGACGAUCUUCAUCCGACAGGCAACACCCAACUCGAAGCGCUCCAGCAGCGACUCGAACAAGCUGGAGAAGGACAUUAACAAGCGGCGUUCGUGGUUAUCGCCGGAACGACCCAGCGCACCAUCGGUCUGUUCCGGGUCCGGUUCGAACCGGCGGGGGAAGUUCAUCAUACUCGGCUCGUCGGGCGAGUGUUUGCCGGUGAAUCGACAUCCGUUACGCAUCCCCGAUGGCUAUCAGCAGCAGGGCCUGACACGGCCAGACACGCUUUCGAGCUGUGGCUCGAGCCAGGAUGAAUUCCACAGCGCCAAGGACAGCUUCGACGAGGACGAUGAGGAUGGACUGCGGGCACACCCGUACACAUCGGAGCUGGACACACCCGAGCGAAGGUACGAGUUUGCUCAGAAGCUGCGAGCUGCCUUGGAGCUGGAUCGAACGAAUGGGAUGUCGGGCAGUACGGAAGAUAGCAGUUACGCCGUUGGGAUCAGUGUGGCAGGAUCACAAAUCCGCGAUCAAGACAUCCGUGUGAGACGGGGAGGAUCGUGUGGCUUUGUGCUGGACGGUUCCAUUGACAGCAAUUUCGAUGAAGCGGAGUGGAAAGAGCAGCAGCCAGAAAAGACAACAGCGAGAGGACCACAACAGAACGGCACGCUCGAGCGAAAGGGUACGAACGAGUCGUCCAGGUACAGUUUCGACUCGGAUCUGGGCUCCGAGCUGGAGGAGGUGUACGAGAAGUUUGCCAAAUGGCUCGAGGAACCGAUAAGCACCGACAAGCCAAAAAAGUUGGACGCCCGGGACGAAGCCGUACUGAAGUUUGCCAACUCCCUGCUCAAGCGCACACUGAGCGAAAGCUUCGUGGGCAUUCCGUUUACCGAGGAGUGUCUGGCGAGUGGGAACGGUUCCGUUGCCAACUCCACCGGAUCGCGCAGCGCUGCCGGUAGCGGUGGUAGAGGAUCGCUCGGCCAGAAGGAAAAGAUACUGCUCCACGUACGAUCGCUUUCGCUGGAACUGGCCAAGCAUAAGCACAAACUGGCGGCACAGCUGCGCCACGAUUAUCUUGCACUGGAACCGGCAAAGCUAUUCAAGUGUCCCAACAUUCAGCUAACGCGCACCGAUCACCGGAAGCUGCUGCACAAGCUGCGCUCGACCCAGAGCGGUUCGGGCUGCUCGGUGACGGAACAGGCGACGACCGUACCGGUGAUGGUCCAGCAGCCGAAGCUAGAGCGGCAAUCGUCACUGAAAGCGAAGUUGCUACAGUACAAACCGAACUGGUCCGUGUCCUACACGCAGGACAUCAAGUGCGAUGAUGUGGUACUGAAGAUAUCACAACUUGCUCAAAAGAGAACGCUAAACGUAAAUUUACGACCCGUUGCUACCGGUAAUUGGGGCUGUGGGAGCAACCGACGAGGAGACGUACAGCUCAAGAUGGUGAUUCAGUGGAUGGCGGCUAGUGUAGCCGGUCUGCCCUAUCUCAGCUAUUACACUGCUGGAAACGAGAAACUUUCAAAGCUCGACACGAUCUGCCGAGUGCUGAAGGAUCGCAAAUGGACCGUGGGCGAACUGGCAGCUGCAACACUGAGCCACGCUCGGGACAUACUGGAGGACCCUUUCUACUACAACAACGAUCGCAACUACUGUAUGUUCUUUGAGAAACUUAUCGGACUGGAAAGGGUCCACUGA